ACUCACGUGUAGCGCGCCAUGUUUAUUUUGAUUUUUCAGCUGCUUGAGGAUAGUGCAAUGGCUUGGGGGCAUGUAGUCAUUGUGUGCGAGUGAUUGAUCCGUCCACUUCUCUCUUUGCUGAUGAUUCUUUCAACCUGGUCUUUAGUUCAACAGGACAACAUUUUUUAUUCAGUAAAAAUUAACUGUAGCCAUGAAGUGCAUUUGCAGCAGUAAACUAAUUAGCCUGCAGCAUGCAAUAUCACAAUGUUCACCUUUGUCUGUGUGGCCGAGGGUUCAUUUGAUGGCAUACAGGGCAUGCUCUUCUGGCCGGGAUGCAGCAGAAAAAGAUGAAGUGCGCUCUAAUCCAAUUGGAAUUCAGAUGUUAUCCAAAUCCUUACACCGACAAGUAUUUAAAGAAGAUGCAGAUGGUCAUUCCAAAGACCCGAGCACAAAAAAUGAAAGACAUUGAAAAGCAUCUAAAAAGUCAUGACCUGUGGGACAAAGAGACAACAGUGGUUCCAGAGGUGAAUUUCGAUUUACCUAAGCUUUAUGGCAGUAACAUUGAUGAGCAUUUCAAGAUCAUAGCUGAGAAACAAUGUGCUGGAUACAGGAAGAAAGCUGAUAUAUUGACAACUGGUAGUUUACCAUACAAACCACAGACUUGGGCUGAAACACAAGGUUGGACUAGGUAUAAUGCAGAUGGUAGUACUACUCGAGUAGAAUUUCCUGAUGAAGACAGUCUGGUAUUUGAUGUGGAGGUUCUAGUUCCAGAAAGUGAUAUGCCAGUAUUGGCUACAGCAGCUUCCCCAAACCAUUGGUAUUCUUGGUGUAACCAACACCUCAUUAAAAGCGAUGCUCAGGGCUUCUUCAAAAUGACCCCUGAUGAGCUAAUCCCACUAGACAUGGACCAAGGAGGAUGGAAGGAAAAAGUUGUUGUUGGACAUAAUGUGGGAUUUGACAGGUCUUUUGUUAAAGAACAAUACUUAAUCAAGGGUCCUAAGACGAGGUUUAUGGAUACCAUGUCUAUGCAUAUUGCUGUGUCUGGAUUUACUGGGUCCCAGAGGAUGCUGUGGAAUGCCAAGAAAACAGGCAGCAAGUCGAAAUCCAUUCUUGAGCUGGAAGAAAGAAAUAAACGUUUGAAUAAGUUGCCUGUGUUUGAGUGGAUGGAAGAUGGCGCUCCCAAUAAUCUGAGUGAUGUAUACCAGCAUUAUUGCCAGGGUGCACCAUUGGACAAGGAAGUCAGGGAGGUUUUUUUGGAGGGAACCACAUAUGAACUAGGUCUAAACAUCCAGAAUUUGAUGUCCUACUGUGCAGAUGAUGUGAUAGCUACUCAUCAAGUUUUCCAGAUUCUGUGGCCACUCUUUCAAGAAAGGUUUCCACAUCCCGUGACUUUAGCAGGGAUGUUGCAGAUGGGUUCAUCUUACUUGCCACUGAAUGCUAAUUGGAACAGGUAUUUGGAAACUGCAGAGGAAAUAUACAAUAACAAGCAGUCCGAGAGGGAACGGAUGUUGAUAAAAAUAGCAAACGAUGCUUGUUCACUUUUGGAAGGAAAUAGAUACAAAGAAGACCCUUGGCUGUGGGAUCUGGACUGGUCUAUUCAGAAUUUGAGGAUAAAAAAAACACCGCUUUCUGCCAAGAAAAAAGCUAAGAGUGAUAAAGUGAAGUUGGAUAUCAGUUUCGACGCGGCUGAGCUAGCUGAAAUGAUCCAUAUACCAGUUGACCUGAGGUAGUUAACUGUCAUUCCUCUGCCUUGAUCACCGCAUGAUCGGUGCGCGUGCUGUAAACAUGGUGAUGUAAUAUGAUGAGAUUUGGGUAAUAUAAUAGGACGACGAAUGUCUUAAGCAGCAUAGGGUGACAUGCGUAUUCGUCCUCCAACCCUCAGAAGUCCUUCCUUAUCAAAGAAAGGGUUGAGCUUUCUCAGAGACUGUUCCUUAUCCCCAUUCGGGAAUGCCUCGGCCUGCACGUGUUUGAAAAUUUCAUAUGCGCUCCUUUUAUUACGUCAACAGUGAUCGGCGAGUGUGCCUUCUGACCCUUUGGACGCAAAAUUUGGCGAUAGCGUAGGCAGAAAAACGUUCA